GUUGUACUGGACCAAUCGUGGUUGUCCUGGACCAAUCGUGGUCCAGCUCUUGAUGUUGUCCUGGACCAAUCGUGGUCCAGCUCUUGAUGUUGUCCUGGACCAAUCGUGGUUGUCCUGGACCAAUCGUGGUCCAGCUCUUGACGUUGUACUGGACCAAUCGUGGUUGUCCUGGACCAAUCGUGGUCCAGCUCUUGAUGUUGUCCUGGACCAAUCGUGGUCCAGCUCUUGACGUUGUCCUGCUGCUCUCUCCUGUAGAACACCUAGGCCAGAACAUCUCCAAGUCCCACCAGGAGACGUGUCAGUACCUGAGGGAGGAGCUACAGAGCAUGACCUGGCAGGCCUUCCUCCAGGAGGAGAUAGAGACCUACCAGACGAAGCCGGAGGAGGUGAUGUGGCAGCUGUGUGCCAUCAAGAUAACGGAGGCCAUCCAGUACGUGGUGGAGUUCGCCAAACGCAUCGACGGCUUCAUGGAGCUCUGUCAGAACGACCAGAUAGUGUUGCUCAAAGCAGGGUCUCUUGAGGUGGUGUUCAUCAGGAUGUGUCGUGCCUUUGACUCUCAGAACAGCACCGUCUACUUCGAUGGGAAGUACGCUGGGACCGACGUCUUCAAAGCGUUAGGUUGUGACGAUCUGAUUCGCUUAGUCUUUGAGUUUGGGAAGAGCAUGUCUGUCAUCCAUCUCUCUGAGGAGGAGAUCGCUCUCUUCUCAGCAUACGUCCUGAUGUCUGCAGAUCGGACGUGGCUUCAGGAGAAGGUGAAGGUAGAGAAGCUGCAACAGAAGAUCCAGCUGGCUCUCCAACAUGUCCUUCAGCAGAACGGCAGAGAGGAUGUGGUUCUCACUAAGUUGAUAUGCAAAGUGUCGACCCUGCGGGCGUUAGUCAGCCGGCAUACAGAGAAGCUGACGGCCUUCAGAGCAACCUACCCAGACAUUGUCCAAGCCCACUUCCCUCCACUAUACAGGGAGCUGUUUGGCUCAGACUUUGAACAGGGCUCCAUGUCCAUAGACGGCUAGCCGAAGAGCCCGUCGGUGACCUACCGUACUGUAUCUGCCCUGUACUGUAGUUUACGUCAUGGAGCCAGUGUUGAUCUUUGGGAGACAGAGAGACACGUUGAAUGAGAGACAUUCAGACAGUGCCUUGGUCCUGUGGCUCUAACUUGCUCUUACCUGGACAGACACCCAACAUUUCUCUGUUCAUUUCUCUGUCUGUCUUCUCCUCUGUGUCCUCCUGGAUCAUGAGUUGGUUGGGAGGUUCCUUGGGAGGAAAAAAACAUUCAAGCACUUAGAAAACCAACGGCCUUUCCUCUCACAACAACAAACCUAUUGGGAUGGGGAGAGGAUUUAGUCACAACAACAAACCUAUUGGGAUGGGGAGAGGAUUUAGUCACAACAACAAACCUAUUGGGAUGGGGAGAGGAUUUAGUCACAACACCUACCUAUGGACAACGGUGUGAUGGGGAGAGGAUUUAGUCACAACACCUACCUGUGGACAACGGU